AUGUCCGGCGUCGAGUUACGAUCUCUUGACGGAGGCGAAAACAUUGAAAUACCCAAGGAAAAAUGCACCAUCGGCAGAGGCACUCUUCUUAAGGUCACAGAUACCAGGGUGUCCAGGAACCAUGCCACUCUGGAGGUGAAUCCUGAGGGAAAGUUGAUACUUACUCCUAUCCACACAAACCCCUGCUUCUACAGAAAGGCAGACGGAGCAGGAAAACAGUGCACCUUGCCCAAGGACAAACCGUUUACCCUGCAGCAUGGAGACAAGUUUGGGCUGCUGCCAGAGAAGUUGUUCUUUGAGGUCGUCUACCUGGACAUGAGAAAUGGAGAUGCAAAAGAUGAAGAGACGGAUGAGGAGGGUGCCAUGAAAAUAGAUUUAGAUGCAGAAAAAACAUCUGCAAAAGAGGAAAUGGAAGAAGAGAAUGGGAAAGAUGAAAAGCAGGAAGAUGAGGAGACAAAGGAGGACAAGGAGAUGGCCCUCCCAUUAGAUAAGAAGCGUAAACUUCCAGACUGGAUGGUAGAGGGAGCCACUGCCAAGAAAGGACCAGGUCCAAAAACGAAAGGGCAACUGAAAUCUGUCUUUGAACAUCAGAUUUUAAGCAAGGGUAAUAUUGACACAGUGACAGUAAUCCUUACAAAGGGAGACAACAGAAGACUUUGA